AUGGCGUCGGCCGAGGUGGGAAUCCCGCGCCGCGAGCGUGAUCGCGACAAUCACGGCGGCAAUCAUCGUCGCGAGGGAGGCGACUCGUACCGUCCCGGUGGCCGCCGCGCGCGCUCGCGCACGCGCACGCCUCCCCCAGUCCCGACCGAGGAGCAGAAGCAGGCGGCGGCCAAGGCCGAAUAUGAGAAGCUCCUGACGAUGCGAUCCGGAGGCACAUACAUCCCCCCCGCGCGUCUGAGAGCCCUGCAGUCGCAAAUUACCGACAAGACCAGCAAGGAAUACCAGCGCAUGGCUUGGGAGGCUCUCAAGAAGAGUAUCAACGGUCUCAUCAACAAGGUCCACACGGCCAACAUCAAGCAUAUUGUUCCGGAGCUCUUCAGCGAGAACCUGAUUCGCGGACGUGGUCUCUUUUGUCGAUCGAUAAUGAAGGCGCAGGCUGCCAGUUUGCCCUUUACGCCCAUCUACGCCGCCAUGGUCGCCAUUGUCAACACCAAGCUCCCGCAGGUUGGCGAGCUCCUCAUUAAGCGCCUGGUGAUGCAGUUCCGCAAGGGAUUCAAGCGAAACGACAAGUCGGUGUGCCUGGCUUCCACGACAUUCCUGGCGCACCUGAUCAAUCAGCAGGUCCAGCACGAAAUGCUUGCCGGCCAGAUUCUCCUCUUGUUGCUCAACAAGCCCACCGACGACGGUGUCGAAAUCGCCGUUGGCUUCUGCCGUGAAGUCGGCCAGUUCCUCGAAGAGAUGCGACCCACGAUUGCCAAUGUCAUCUUUGACCAGUUCCGCAAUAUCCUACACGAGGCCGGCAUCGAUAAGCGAACACAGUACAUGAUCGAGGUCCUCUUCCAGGUGCGCAAGGACCGCUACAAGGAUAACCCGGCCGUCAAGGAAGAGCUGGACCUUGUCGAGGAGGAAGACCAAAUCACACACCAAGUCGAGCUCGACGGCGAAGUCAAUGUACAAGACACUCUCAACAUUUUCAAGUUUGACGAGCAAUACGAGGAGAAUGAGGAGGCAUACAAGAGACUCAAGGCAGAAAUCCUGGGCGAAGCCAGCGACGACGAAGACGAUGACGAUGAUGCCGAGGAUGAGAGCUCUGAUGAGGAGGAUGACCGGGAAACCAAGGCCAUGGAAAUCAAGGAUCAGUCAAACGCUGACCUCGUCAACCUGCGCCGCACCAUCUACCUAACCAUCAUGUCGAGCGCCGACCCCGAGGAAGCUACGCACAAACUCAUGAAGAUCAACCUACCUGCGGGCCAAGAACCCGAGAUGCCCUCCAUGAUUGUAGAGUGCUGCUCGCAAGAGAAGACGUACACCAAAUUCUUUGGCCUGAUUGCGGAGCGCUUCGCCAAAAUCAACCGCCUCUGGUGCGACCUGUUUGAGCAGUCGUUCCAGAAGUACUACGAGACCAUCCACCGCUACGAGAACAACAAACUGCGCAACAUUGCCAUGCUAUUUGGCCACAUGUUUGGCUCCGACGCCCUCGGCUGGCACUGCCUGUCCGCCAUCCACCUCAACGAGGACGAGACGACAUCGAGCAGCCGCAUCUUCAUUAAGAUCCUCUUCCAGAGCAUCGUCGAGGAGGUGGGCGUGCCCAAGAUCAAGACGCGUAUGGCCGACGAGAUGCUGCGCCCCAGCCUCGAGGGCCUCUUCCCCAAGGACAAUGCCCGCAACAUUCGCUUCUCCAUCAACUACUUUACCAGCAUCGGGCUCGGCGCGCUCACCGAGGAAAUGCGCGCGUUCCUCCAAAACAUGCCCAAGCCGGCGCUUCCCGCACCGGCCGCCGCGCGCGACGACUCCGAUUCCGAUUCUGUGUCGAGCUACUCGUCGCGGUCUGGCUCGUCGUACUCGCGCUCGCGGUCCCGCUCGUACAGUCGCUCGCGAAGCCCGCGCCGCAUUGACGGCGAUCGCGGCCGCUCACUGUCCCGCACGCCCUCUCGUCGUGGCGGGUCGUACUCGCGCAGUCGCUCCGCUUCAUACAGCAGCCGCAGCAGAAGCCGUUCCGUCUCUGACGCCGGUCGUGGCAGACGCAGACCAUCACGCUCGGCCAGUCCUCCUCGUCGCGGCCGCCGCGCGUCAUACAGCCGCUCGCGCAGCCGCUCCUACGACUCAUACAGCGAUGCGUCCCGCUCGCCCUCCCGCUCGCGAAGCCGCUUUCGCGAAGCCUCACCACCACCACCACCACCGCCUCGUGGCCGCGCCCGCGAUGUCAGCCCGCCCCGGAGCAAGCGCCGCAACAGCUCCUCCAUCAGCGGCAGCCCUCCUCCCCGCAAGAGAGGCCGCUCGCCCUCGUACUCGCGCUCGCCGUCUCGCUCACGCUCACCGCCGCCAGCACGUCGCAUCAAGGCGGAAGACCGCAGCCCCUCACCACCUCCCGCGAAGCGCGGCAGCUCGCGCAGCAACGGCAAGCAGCGGUCGUCGAGCCCCGUGCCGGCGAAGCGAAGACGAGCCAACAGCUCUAGCGUUUCGCGAUCGCCGCCGCCACCGGUCAAGCGUGGCCGUCGUGGUAGUUGA